AGGCCCUGCACCGCCCUUACGGUUGCGAUGUUGAACCCCAGGCACUGAAUGAAGCCAUCAGAUGGAGCUCCAAGGAGAACCUGCUUGGAGCCACUGAGAGCGAUCCCAAUCUCUUUGUUGCACUUUAUGAUUUUGUAGCAAGUGGUGACAACACGCUCAGCAUCACCAAAGGUGAGAAGUUGCGAGUCCUGGGUUACAACCAGAAUGGUGAAUGGAGUGAGGUACGUUCAAAGAACGGUCAGGGCUGGGUACCAAGCAACUACAUCACACCAGUGAACAGCCUGGAAAAGCAUUCAUGGUACCAUGGGCCAGUGUCACGCAGUGCAGCGGAGUAUCUGUUGAGCAGCCUCAUCAAUGGCAGCUUCCUGGUUCGUGAAAGUGAGAGCAGCCCAGGGCAGCUAUCCAUCUCGCUCAGGUACGAAGGACGUGUUUACCACUACAGGAUCAAUACCACCUCAGAUGGAAAGGUAUAUGUGACAGCAGAGAGCCGUUUCAGCACUCUAGCAGAGCUGGUGCACCAUCACUCAACAGUAGCAGAUGGACUGGUGACAACUUUGCAUUACCCAGCACCCAAGUGCAAUAAGCCCACUGUCUAUGGAGUGUCCCCCAUCCACGACAAGUGGGAGAUGGAGCGAACUGAUAUCACCAUGAAGCACAAACUUGGGGGAGGGCAGUAUGGUGAGGUGUAUGUGGGUGUCUGGAAGAAGUACAACCUAACAGUUGCUGUGAAGACAUUAAAGGAAGAUACCAUGGAGGUGGAAGAGUUCUUGAAAGAAGCUGCUGUGAUGAAGGAGAUCAAGCACCCAAAUCUGGUGCAGUUGUUAGGUGUAUGUACCCUGGAGCCACCCUUUUACAUUGUGACAGAAUACAUGCCGUAUGGGAACCUGCUAGACUAUUUAAGGGAAUGCAACCGGGAGGAAGUGAGUGCUGUUGUGCUACUCUACAUGGCUACUCAGAUCUCCUCUGCUAUGGAGUACCUGGAGAAGAAGAACUUCAUUCACAGGGACCUGGCAGCACGGAACUGUUUAGUUGGAGAAAAUCAUGUGGUGAAGGUGGCUGACUUUGGCUUAAGUCGACUUAUGACUGGAGAUACCUACACAGCUCAUGCUGGAGCCAAGUUCCCAAUCAAAUGGACAGCUCCUGAGAGCCUGGCCUAUAACACCUUUUCCAUCAAAUCAGAUGUGUGGGCCUUUGGGGUGCUGUUAUGGGAGAUUGCUACCUAUGGGAUGUCACCAUACCCAGGCAUUGACCUCUCUCAGGUGUAUGAUCUGCUGGAAAAGGGCUAUCGGAUGGAACAACCAGAGGGGUGCCCUCCAAAGGUCUACGAACUGAUGAGGGCAUGCUGGAAGUGGAACCCACCAGACCGACCUUCCUUUGCUGAGACCCACCAGGCUUUUGAAACUAUGUUUCAUGACUCGAGCAUCUCAGAGGAGGUAGCAGAGGAGCUUGGAAGAACAGCCUCCUCCUCAUCCAUAGUUCCUUACUUGCCCCGGUUGCCCUUGCUUCCCUCCAAGACUAGAACACUGAAGAAACAGGCAGAGAACAAGGAGAACAUUGAAGGAAUACAGGAUACUGUGGAGCACUCAGCUUCCAGCUCAGCACCAGGUUUUAUCAGAAGCACACAGCCAACAAGUGGGUCUCCUGCACUGCCUCGCAAGCAGAGGGACAAGUCACCCAGCAGCCUAUUGGAGGAUGCCAAAGAGACCACUUUCACCAGGGACAGAAAAGGUGGCUUCUUCAGCUCCUUUAUGAAGAAGAGGAAUGCUCCCACACCUCCCAAACGCAGCAGUUCCUUCCGGGAAAUGGAGAAUCAGCCCCAUAAGAAAUACGAGCUGACGGGGCUUCCAGAGCAGGAUAGGAUGGCAAUGACCCUUCCCAGAAAUUCCCAGAGGUCAAAAAUCCAACUGGAACGGACAGUGUCCACCUCCUCUCAGCCCGAUGAGAGCAUGGGGAGGGGCAAUGACCUGCUUCCCAAAAGGUUUGAAGAAGGCCCUGCUUUGGCCAGAGAGAGACCAAAAGCAAAACUCUUGCCGAGGGGUGCCACAGCACUCCCUUUCCGAACCCCCACUGGAUUGGAAGACAAGGAGGGUCCAGGGCUAGCAGCAGCUCCUAAGGGCAAGGAGAAAAAUAGUGGCCCACGGCAAGGGGCCCUUGAGGAUGGCGAGAGACCAGGGUGGUCAUCUCCAGUAAAGGCUGCAGCAAUACUUCCAACCACUCAUAACCACAAAGUGCCAGUCCUAAUCUCACCCACUCUAAAACACACUCCAGCAGAUGUACAGCUCAUUGGCACAGACUCUCAGGGUAAUAAAUUUAAGCUCUUAUCUGAGCAUCAGGUCACUACUUCUGGCGACAGGGACCGGCCCAGACGGGUAAAACCAAAGUGUGCUCCACCUCCACCACCAGUGAUGAGGCUCCUACAACAGCCAGCUGCCUGCUCAGAUGCAGCAGAAGAGCUGAACAACGUGGCGGGAGCGCAGCACGGACUGGAAUCAAGCGAAGGGAGUAAGAAGGCAGCAGCAGCAGCACCUGUUGGUGGAAAAUCUGGGAGACCUGUGAUGCCUCCGCCUCAAGUGCCUCUGUCAUCGUCUUCCACCUCCCCAGUGAAACUGGCCAACGGCACGGCUGGCACAAAAGUAGCGCUAAGAAAGACCAAACAGGCAGCUGAGAAAAUCUCCGCAGAUAAAAUCAGCAAGGAAGCACUGCUGGAGUGCGCGGAUCUUCUCUCGAGUGCCAUCGCCGAGCCAACGCCAAACAGCCAGCUGGUGGACACAGGGCACCAGCUGUUGGAUUACUGCUCAGGCUACGUGGACUGCAUCCCGCAUACGCGCAACAAAUUUGCCUUCCGGGAAGCCGUGAGCAAACUGGAACUCAGCCUGCAGGAACUGCAGGUUUCCUCAGCAGCUGCUAGCGUCCCUGGGGCAAACCCCGUCCUUAAUAACUUAUUGUCAUGUGUCCAAGAAAUCAGCGAUGUGGUGCAAAGGUAG